AGUAAACUUAGAAGCAAGGAUCUAUUGUGGCGAUCACAUCUGAACCACCCAAUGACGUCGACUGUGAGGCCUCUCGAACAUAGCAAGUCCCAGCCUUGUAACCCACACGGCGCUUGUCUCUAAGCGCUUGAAAGUUGUUUCACUCCAAUGCCCAGAUAAUACAGAUAAUAGGGUACCUAUUUAAGAUAUUUAUGUAGGUAAGUAUUUUAGGUAGUGAAUCAUGCUCCAUUCUGCACGGAAUACGCGAGAUACAGCAUGGAGUCACUGCCCAUGGUUUGUCGCUAAUCUUUGUUCCUGUUGGCCGCGCUAGAGUUGCCUGCGUAUCACCACGCUCAGCACGCUUCCCAAGGGAUAUAUGCCAAGACGCCGGUAUCUUGUUGAAACUUGGAACAUAGGUAUGACACAAUAGACACCCAAAUACAAAGGUGCUCACUACCUACCUAUUGAUACUUGACUGUCCUAAAAGAAUCAAUUCCUUCUCCUUAUCUCAUCAUAAGUAAUUUAGAAAAGAUGGCGUCUGGACAUAAUGACCCCAAAUUAUUAUACGCCAUCCCGGGUGUCUCGGCCUACCACCUCGCCUAUGGCAAAGAGGAAUUGCUCACGCCCGCCGGGCCGCAGACCUUGUCAUUGCUGAUGGUCCCAACAUCUUCUCCUUACGCCGAUCCAGCACUCGAUAAUCAAGAUGCGCCACCGGAGGAUUUCUACCUCCAUCUCCAUCUACCACCCGAAUUAGACAUUCCCCUACCCGCGACCACCCAGAUCUACCAUCAACCACCAAGAAGCUAUCUCAUCCCUAGAUGGGACCUUGGUCCUGAUAGCGGCGCAUUCACGCGCAUCGAAUUCCCCCCAGUUGGCAGUCGCAAGGGCCUUCAGGAAGAUGUAGAUACGUUCGAGACCAUCUUAGCACAGUGCACCGCGUUUCUCGAAAGAGCCCCUCCACCAAAGACUACGCGGAAGGAAAAGGAGAGGGAGAAGUCAUCCUCUCCGACGUCCCCAAGCUCCAGAAAAUCGUCACCGACAACUUCAAAAUCUAAACCUACGUCAGAGAAGCUUCCAGCAUACAACCCUGCUUCAUAUAAACCUGGAGAGGGCUACGUGAAAGGCAGUCAAAGCUCCCAGCGAGGCGGCCAGAUUGUGUUAGUAGACGAAGAAGAUGGAAGUGUGAUAGGGGAAUUGUCAGAGGGAUACCAGGUCGUUGACUCCGACGUGAAGCCGGGUUCCAAAGAUCCUGUUGAGAUCACUCUUCCCGAAGAAGGCAAAAAUCAACUUGCGGUUGUCCCAGCAUCGCCUGAGACUCUAGAAAUAGAGUUACAUCCGGCUUACCAGAAGUCAUUCCUCGUAUCGAAAGCAGCGUACGCGUCCCGAUUGAUCAUUACAACCUCAGACUUCGUAUCAAAUGCUAUGAUGAACGGGUCAGAUAGCUUUGUCAAAAAGACUAAGCCUGCCGGUGAAGCGGUAACUUUCACGCCAGCAACGCAUGACCGCGUCCGCCGGAUAGGGAAGUUUUCAGGCGGCGUGGCUGACUUGUCGUCUAAGACGGUAGGACAGGUCACCAAGCUGGCUCAGAACGUGGGAGCAACCAUCUCAGGGCGUGGUCCUAAAGAAGGGAAAAGGGGGUACGGACCGGAUGGGAAGCCACUUGAAUCGUUUAAACCCGGCCUACUGAACAAGAGUCUAAUGGCUUUCGCGACCGUUACGGACGGAAUUGACCAUGCAACGCGUAAUAUCUUGACUUCAGCAUCAUCGUCUGCGACAAAUAUGGUCACUCACAAAUGGGGUGCAGAAGCGGGAGAAUUAUCGAAACAUCUGGGAGGUAGUGUCAAGAAUGUUGGCCUAGUCUACAUUGAUGUGACGGGGGUCUCUCGAAAAGCCGUCAUCAAGGCCGUUGGAAAGGGCAUGGUAGUUGGAAAAGUGAAGGGAGGUGGCGAAAUUAUCGUGGGAGACGAUACCUCAAAUGAUGUUCCAGGAAAGGGACCCGAUGACUCGAGAACUAAUCUGACGCCGGACUCUGCCAGCAGCGGGGGCAGUGGUAAGUCAAAUGGUAAGGCACAAAAACGCUAACGGUUCAUAAAAUAAGAUUUGGUAUUAAUCAAUAGAUAUUGUACGAUUACUAUUAUAUUGACGACUUGAAGUGAAGAGAACUCUAAAAGUAAAGGAUCAUUGAUAAUGAAAUAAACCUCCGUGGUCAUGA